AUUCAUAUAUUUAAGUUUUACGAUUUCAACGGCAGUAGGCACCCUCAACCUUUGAAAGGUCAUUAUUAUUUACGAGACACAUGUGAGUAAAAAAAACCCAAGUGAACCAAACCAUUUUUGAAAGAACCCGAACCGGACUGUUAGAAUGCAAUUGGGUGCACUGAAAAAACUGAAACCCCAAUCCGUUUCAUUUUCAUAGAGAAAGAAAUUUCUGCCUCUAACCGUGUUUCGUUAAAUUCCUCAGAAGCAAAGCAGACUUUGAACUAUCAGCAAGCCAGGAAAGGGAAAUUUCGGAACUUUGUUUCAAUUGUGGUCGUUUCGGUGCCCUAUCUCAGACUACAAUGUCAUCUUUAUACAGAGGGGAAUCCAGGAGGUUCAACAACAAACAAAGAGGACGCCAUCAUUUGACAACGCAGAAGAAGCAGGAGAUCAGGGAAGCCUUUGAAUUAUUUGAUACCGAUGGCUCAGGUACUAUUGAUGCCAAGGAGCUGAAUGUUGCCAUGAGGGCCCUUGGAUUUGAGAUGACAGAAGAGCAAAUUAAUCAAAUGAUAGCAGAUGUGGACAAGGAUGGAAGUGGAGCAAUUGAUUAUGACGAAUUUGAGUACAUGAUGACAGCCAAAAUAGGAGAAAGGGACACAAAAGAGGAGCUCAUGAAAGCUUUCCAUAUUAUUGAUCAUGAUAAAAAUGGAAAGAUAUCUGCAUCAGACAUCAAGCGCAUUGCAAAAGAGCUAGGUCAAAAUUUCACUGACAGAGAGAUUCAGGAGAUGGUUGAUGAAGCAGAUCAAGAUAAUGAUCGAGAGGUUAGUGCAGAGGAGUUCAUCACGAUGAUGAACAGAACUAACUUCCAUCACUAGUCUUAUGACCUUGUCUAUGUGGGGUAGUUGUUAUCUUUGUUUGGCCGCACUACUAGUACAUUAAAUAUAUAUUAAAAAAAACGAAGCUAUAUACUCUUGUUAUUGUACAAGACUAAAAGUUGUAUGAAUAAUUUCAAUUCUAUUAUUGCGUAUUGCCUAUGAAUAAUAAUGAUGUUUGCACAUA